CUCAGAGCCGCUGGGGCAGAGAAGCUAGAAGCGGCACCAUGGCUGGCAAGAAAGUCUGCAUUGUCGGCUCCGGGAACUGGGGCUCAGCCAUUGCCAAGAUCGUGGGUAGCAAUGCAGCUCGCCUGGCACACUUUGACCCGCGGGUGACCAUGUGGGUGUUUGAGGAAGACAUCGGGGGCAGAAAGCUAACUGAGAUCAUCAACACUCAGCAUGAGAAUGUUAAAUACCUGCCAGGGCACAAGCUGCCCCUCAAUGUGGUGGCUAUCCCAGAUGUGGUCCAGGCUGCUACAGGUGCUGACAUCCUGAUCUUUGUGGUGCCCCAUCAGUUCAUUGGCAAGAUCUGUGACCAGCUCAAAGGUCACUUGAAGGCCAAUACAAUUGGCAUAUCUCUUAUUAAGGGGAUAGACAAGGGCCCCAAAGGGCUGAAGCUCAUCUCUGAAGUGAUUGGGGAACGCCUUGGCAUCCCCAUGAGCGUGCUGAUGGGGGCCAACAUUGCCAGCGAGGUGGCCGAGGAGAAGUUCUGUGAGACAACCAUUGGCUGCAAGGAUGUGGCCCAGGGACAGCUCCUGAAGGAGCUGAUGCAGACGCCCAACUUCCGCAUCACUGUGGUACAAGAGGUGGACACAGUGGAGAUUUGUGGGGCCUUGAAGAAUAUAGUGGCCGUCGGGGCUGGCUUCUGUGAUGGGCUUGGCUUUGGUGACAACACCAAGGCAGCAGUGAUCCGGCUGGGGCUCAUGGAGAUGAUCGCCUUUGCCAAACUCUUCUGCAGCGGCUCCGUGUCCUCGGCCACCUUCCUGGAGAGCUGUGGUGUUGCCGACCUCAUCACUACCUGCUACGGAGGGCGGAACCGCAAGGUGGCAGAGGCCUUCGCUCGCACUGGGAAGUCCAUUGAACAGCUGGAGAAAGAGAUGCUGAAUGGGCAGAAGCUCCAGGGGCCCCAGACAGCCCAGGAGGUACACAGCAUCCUUGAACACAAGGGCCUCGUGAACAAGUUUCCCUUGUUCACGGCUGUGUACAAAGUGUGCUACGAAGGGCAGCCAGUGGGUGAAUUCAUUCACUGCCUGCAGAACCACCCAGAACACAUGUGAGUGGAGCCAGGGCGCAGGACAGGCAGCUCCUUUGCCCCAUCGGAGACAAGCAGAAGCUUGUGACAGCCGCCAUAAGACCUCUGAGCCGGCAGGGUCCUCACUGACGGCACACUGAGGCUGUGGGCCUCAGCCAUGCACCUGGAGAUACAGGAUCGCUGCAGAGCCCGCGGCCCCUUCAGGAUUGGUGCUUCCUCGCUGUCCUCUGGGAGGUGUAGAAUCAAGCCCCAGUGCUG